UAAAAUGCAAAUGCUAUGGAACUCUCUCUAAACAACUCUGUAAACGAGCUGAGCGAAUGGCAGGCCAGCAGCCACCGAACAGCCCAUGAGGAUGAGGCCCAAUCCAAUCGCUACGGGCCCGUCCCCCUCCCACCACGCAAACGAGCUCGCACGGAGGCGUCGCCGGCGCGGACGGACAGAUUCCAAUCGCCCCCAUCCAUUUCUCACCAGAAGCGAAGCCGGAGCCCGGAGGCGGAGGAGCGGAGGAGGAAGGCGAUCUCGAGCAAGCCGGAGGCGGAGAAGAUGAAGACGUUCGACCCGUGGCCUGUCUUCUUCCGCCGGGAGUGGAGGCGCAACUGGCCCUUCCUCACGGGGUUCGCCAUCACCGGCUUCCUCAUCACCAAGAUGACGGCCAACUUCACCGAGGAGGACCUCAAGAACUCCAAGUUCGUCCAGGAGCACAAGAGGCACUGACGAACCAGGUGAAGGAGUUGUGCCAGAAUUCAGAAAUGCCUGUUUGGCCAGCCAAUUCUGUUAUGCUUUUGAAUGAAAAGAAAUAGACCCCUCUUUUUCGUUUUUCUUAAUCGAAAUGCUUGCACUCUAUGUUCCACUUUUUAUGUAAUAAGAGGCAAAUGAUUUGAACCAACAGCAAUCAGCUUCUGAUUGAAAAAUAUUGAUGUGUGGCCUCGGUGUUGUGGGAUUGCAUCUAAUCCUGUCGAUUUGGUGGCGAAAAUGAAGAUUUUGCUAUA